GCCAUAUUUGAAUCGUUGUUAUUUUUACGUUUUAUUGAUCAAACAAUUCACUAUUUACUCGACGCUAUAAUAUUUCUAUAAGAAUUAUUUAUUUGUAUUAAUAAUGUCGGAAGAACCGAAUACACCCUUGGCUUUGAAUAUCUAUGAAGAGGCAUUAAACGAAGAUACUACGUGUGAUCUUUCAUCUCAAGGACUAGCAGAACUGCCCGAACUUACAAAUCGAUACCUCAGUGCUCUCUAUCUACAAAACAAUGCACUAACAAUUUUACCAAGUGAUAUCUUCACUACUUUAAAAUAUCUCAAGUAUUUGGAUUUGAGAGACAACCAGCUCACUGAUAUCCCGGCAUCCAUAAAGCUACACCGCCAUCUCUCGCAUUUAUUGUUACAAAAUAAUAAAUUGACAACACUUCCAAACGAAAUGGGAACUGUUCCAAACUUGAAAGUUCUCCAAUUAGGCGGGAAUCCUCUCAUGCACCCUCCAAGAGAAAUAAUAAACGCGGGAGUCUCAAGUGUGAAAAAAUUUCUCAACGAACAUUUUAUAGAUCAAAUGUUUGCGAAUGAUGCAUCAUCGGACGUUACGGGAGAUUCGGUAAGCACUAACGGAUUUUAUCCUGAACACUUUAGCCAAGAUGGUCGAAGUUACAAUUCCGUUCUGGAUGAAGCUAAAUUGAAGAAAGCGAUGCGUGUUCGAGUCAACGAAAGAGAUUCAGACGAUUCUGAUGAAGAAUUGUAUGCGAAACUUAAAGGGAAAUGUCCCGAAAUUAGCAAAGAGUCGGAGUACUAUACCUACGCAUUAUCAAAGUUCCAAAAACUGGAGCUACUGAAGAAUUGGCGCUCAGAUUAUAGAAUGGGUAAAUUUGCGAAAAAUGGGUCUUACAAAAUUGAUUCGAAUAACUAUCCUUAUGACACAAAUCCGGACUGUAUGUCAAUGUUAAAUAGAGAUGAACUGGAAAAAGAUUUACCGGACAAAUAUAAAAAGAAGUUGGUAAGACGAAGCAAGCCUACAGUGCCAAGAAAGAGUAAUAAUGAUGUCCAUUUGGCUCUGAAGAUAAAGCAACUGUUCGACAAUCUGGAAGCCAUCGAAUUGAAUAGAAAAGAUAUGACGCCGAGAACUGAGCAAAAGAUGCUGAUGAAUGAGAUACAGAAGGACUUUCCUGGCCCAUCCGCUCUCAGACCGUCGGGCGACGUGUCCUGCCCAUUGCCACUUCAGUCUGCAGAUUUUGCGAGCUAUGUCGAUAUUCUAUUGGGCAGGCUUCCCGCUAAGUAG